UGAUGUGGGAGUGAAUAAAUAAAUAGCGGGAGAGAAGAGAGGAGAAGAAAGGGAAAAAAUGGAAGCAGAGAGAAGAAGUGGGAGUGGAGAAUGGGAAUGGGAAGGGAAAAAGGAGAAGAAGAUGAAAAUGAAAGGUGUGUUGUUAGAAGGGUAUGUGGUGGAUGAGGAGGAUCUAACGAGAAGUAAAAGCCUAACAGAUGAGGAUCUUGAGGAACUGAAAGGAUGUUUGGAUCUGGGAUUUGGUUUCAGCUACGAUGAGAUUCCUGAACUAUGCAACACGCUUCCAGCACUGGAGUUGUGCUAUUCAAUGUCUCCUAAUUCACCACAACAUUCCUCCUUUGCUAAUUGGAAGAUCUCAAGUCCAGGUGAUCAUCCUGAAGAUGUUAAAGCUAGAUUGAAAUAUUGGGCUCAGGCUGUUGCAUGUACCGUUAAACUAUGCAGCUAACCACAAGCCUUGUCUUCUCACUUCUCAUCCCCAAUCAAUUCAUCAUGGAGAGGAACCAGAGUCAGAGCUUCAGGUUUCAAACACAAACCCAACUCUCUCUCUCUAUCUCUCUAACUUAACCUUCCUUCGGAGGACCCUAACAUUAUUAAUUCAUUUCAUGUAUCUACAUCAUAUUGUAUCAUCCUUGGAGGGGUUAUUCCUUUAUAUUAUUAUUAUUAUUAUAUCAUUACUACAAAAUCCUUCUUUUUAAAUUCCUUUGCUAAUGUUUGCCUAUGCCUGGCUGCAAUGAAUCCCAAUCCAAGUGGUGAUCAUCAGAGCUAGCUAAGCUUCCAUUUCCAUUGCAGCAAAUCAAUCACCUCUGCAUUUGCUGAGAGGGUUCCUAUCCUGUGUCGAAGGAUUACUACUUUGGAUUACAAAAACUUCAACUUCAUACACGGAAUAUUGUUUGCUGGUAAAAUUUUCAAGUUUUUUUUGUUUUGGAUCUGACUGGUGUGUCUCAUACUAGGCCGGCAGUAGGCACAGUAUGUGAUGGUCGGCAUUAGGAUGUACAACCUGUUUGUUUCAAACUUGAUUAUUUCUUCUUUGUCUCAAUCAACGCGGUUUCACCUUCAUUGUUGUGGCUGAUUCUAAUUGUAUUUGUCUCGACUAUUGAAGCUAGAUAUUCCAUUUAGAUCA